AAAAAAUGUGCCCUAUUUUUUGUCUAAAGGAAGGCUUGUAGUAUAAUUUUUUUCAUUAUUUUUUGUUUCAAAACAUUCUAUUUUCUCCUUUUUAUUUUUCAGUAUGUGUGCAAUGUUGUAUUCCUUUGAUUGGAAUACAAGCAGUUUUUCUAGAUCUAAUGAAAUACUUGUUGCUGAAAAGAGCAAAUAUCCGCAGUUUGAAUAUACAUAUCAUGAAGAUCGAGAAAGUUAUUGACUGAACGGAGGCAACGGAAUUGCGGUCUACAAUACGGCCAGUCAUCUGGCCUCCUAUAGUCCAUAUUUGUAUUUUGUGGUUGUGUUUUAUCACUUCAAUGAGUGAAAUCAGUUUAUCCAAAGAAACUCAAGAAUCUGGAGAUAGUGAUUUACCCAAAGGAGAAGAAUUUGGAGCUGAAAAUGUAGAAAUUUAUUCCCAGGAAAAUGUUAGGGGAAAAAAUCGAAUUAGGGAUUCAAUUGAUAGGAUCAGUGCAUUACCGGAUUGCUUACUUGUUCACAUCAUAUCUUUUCUGGGUGUGAAGAAAGCUGCUGCGACGAGUAUUUUGGGGAAAAGAUGGCAGUUUCUUUGGGCUGAAUUGCGGAGCCUUGAAUUCAAAUUUUAUGAUUGGGGUAAGAAUAAGGAAACUAAGAAUACAAUUGACUUUGUGGCGUGGGUUAAUAGGAUCAUUGCUACUCGUCGUGGAAAUUACCUUGAGAAGAUGAUGGUUGAUUUCAAGUAUGAGGAUUGCUUUGCUCCAGAUGUUGAUAGCUGGUUCGAGUUUGCCUUGAAGAAUAAGGUGAAAGAAAUCACUUUUGGCAUAAGCUACAGCAAAGAUUUCUACAUUCUUCGUGAAUUGAUGUAUUCGAAUUCAUCCCUGACAUCAUUGUCUUUGGAAGGUUGCAUUUUUUAUCCUGAAAGAUCAAUCAAGUGGUCAUCUUUGACUAAAUUAAAGAUAUCAGGAGUGAAUUUACCUCAGUCUGUAGUUGAAAAGAUAUUAUCAGGUUGUCCUGUCUUGACUUCCUUGGAUCUGAGUCAUUGUUGGGGAUUCACUUGUUUGGAGAUCAGCUCUCAAAAUCUAUCUGAACUGCGGGUAAUGGACCCUGAAAAUGAAGAGAGUGGGGGUUUCCUGCAUAUUUCAGCACCAUACAUAAAAGAUUUGAAUCUUUGGUUUUCUGCUGUAAGAAGACAGAUAAAGUUCAAAGACAUCUCAUCUCUAAUCAGUGCUCAUAUAGAUUUUAGCGAACCCUUUUGGGAUUCCUUUUGGGAUUUGGUAAUCUCUGAGGAUGUGCUGAGUAAUACAAAGGAAAUUUUUGAAAAUAUUCACCACGUUAAGGAGCUUGAACUGGGUCAUGAACUACUAAAGGCUCUAGCUGCACUUGUGCUUAAUGGUUGGCAUCUUCCAAAAUAUAAGCUAAGGUGCUUGAAAGUAGAACUGGUAUGUGAAGCUGGGCAAACAAUUUCUGGCAUUUUUUCUGUGCUGGAAUCUUCCCCUGACAUUGAGACAUUGGUCCUAUAUUCUUAUGACUUCGAAGCGUUGGACCAUGACUGGACCCCAAUUGCAAGGGAUAAUUUGGUUUGUGACUUAUGGCAUUUGAAGACGAUCAAAAUGUCUAGGUUGGCAGAUCCAGAACUUGCUGGUGAUCCAAUGCUUACGUUGGCUCGAAUCCUUCUUAAGAGUACACCGGUAUUGGAAGAGAUGGAGAUUUCUCUUCGUAUCGAAGAUACAAAUGACUUUGUCAAGAUAGGUCAAACCUUGCUCAACUACCCUAGAUCUUCACCAAAGGCUGUCAUCGAUCUCUAUUAAAUUGUUGGCUAUUAUGUGUUCAUUUUCUCAACUAUGUAAACAUUUACUCCCACUUUUUUUCCCUAUUUGUGAUUUAAUGCCGAGACAUCUUAUUUCAAAACUUCACGUGUACUUACGGUAGAAGGUUAUGAAGGUGGACAAGAAAUAUUUUAUAGUUUUGAAAAAAGUUGAAAUGAGUGUUUUAUAGUGA